CCGCGAGUCAGGCUGCAGGUAUAGCUCACGAAGCAAGCAGGGGGGACACGAACGUCGUUUCUCCGUUCCGCGAACCCUGGCUCGCUGGCUGUAAGGCUUACCGUACACCUCGAGUAGCAAGCAGCUGCGCCAACAACAGCAUUCGGCGACGGCAACCCGCACUCACCCCCCGCACGUUCGAUUCCCGCCCGCGUCCACUCGGUCUUCUUUCCAACCAAUUCCUCGGGUGGGGUCCCAGCGACCGUCACAAUGGCCUCUCUCAAGCAAUUCAUCCGAAAUGUGCGAGCCGCGAAGACGAUCGCUGACGAGCGCGCCGUGGUGCAGAAGGAGAGUGCUGCCAUUCGUGCCAGCUUCAGGGAAGAGAGUCACGACUCCAACGUGAGGAGAAACAAUGUCGCAAAGCUCUUGUACCUCUUCACGCUGGGUGAAAGGACGCAUUUUGGACAGAUCGAAUGUCUGAAGCUGCUGGCGUCCCCGCGUUUCGCAGACAAGCGGUUGGGCUACCUAGGCACCAUGUUGCUGCUAGACGAGAACCAAGAGGUCUUGACACUGGUCACCAACUCGCUCAAAAAUGACCUGAACCACGCCAACCAGUACACCGUCGGUCUCGCCCUCUGCACGCUCGGAAACAUCGCCUCUGUCGAGAUGGCUAGAGAUCUGUUCCCCGAAGUCGAGACGAUAAUCGCAAGCGCAAAUCCCUACAUUCGCCGGAAAGCCGCCCUGUGCGCCAUGAGGAUAUGCCGAAAGGUCCCCGACUUGCAAGAGCAUUUCUUAGAAAAGGCCAAAUUGCUGUUGCAGGAUCGCAAUCACGGUGUUCUGCUGUGCGGUAUCACGCUUGUCGCAAGUCUGUGUGAGGCAGACGAGGCCGAGGACGACGAGAAUGGCAUCAAGGAUAUGUUCAAGCCUCAGGUGCCGGCUCUGGUCAAGAUUCUGAAGGGACUGUCCUCGUCAGGGUACGCGCCUGAGCAUGACGUAACGGGCAUUACAGACCCGUUCGUGCAAUGCAAGAUCUUACAACUGCUGCGAGUCCUUGGGCGCGGCGACGCUCAGGUCAGCGAGCAGAUUAACGACAUCCUUGCCCAGGUUGCCACAAACACAGACUCGUCGAAGAACGUUGGGAACUCUAUCCUGUACGAGGCCGUGCUCACGAUCCUCGACAUUGAGGCCGAUUCUGGUCUUCGCGUGCUCGGCGUCAACAUUCUAGGAAAGUUCUUGUCAAACAGAGACAACAACAUCAGAUAUGUUGCACUCAACACCUUGAACAAGGUUGUUGCAGUCGAGCCAAAUGCUGUUCAGCGACACCGCAACACCAUCCUGGACUGUCUGCGUGAUCCUGAUAUUAGUAUCCGGAGACGCGCGCUCGAUCUCAGCUUCACUCUCAUCAACGAGAGCAAUGUGCGCGUACUCAUUCGCGAACUACUUGCUUUCCUUGAAGUCGCCGACAAUGAGUUCAAGCCUGUCAUGACGUCGCAAAUUGGAAUCGCAGCCGAUAGAUUUGCUCCGAACAAGAGAUGGCACGUCGACACCAUGUUGCGUGUCUUGAAGCUAGCCGGUAACUACGUCAAGGAACAGAUCCUGUCAUCAUUUGUUCGAUUAAUAGCAACAACCACCGAUCUCCAGACUUACUCUGUACAAAAGCUCUACGCGGCACUGAAGGAAGACAUCACACAGGAGGGAUUGACCUUAGCAGGUUCUUGGGUCAUUGGAGAGUACGGAGAUGCCCUGUUAAGGGGUGGACAGUACGAAGAGGAGGAACUUGUCAAGGAAGUGAAAGAGAGCGACAUUGUUGACCUGUUCGAGACCAUCUUGAACAGCAGCUACGCUGGGCUCAUUGUCCAGCAGUACAUCAUCACAGCUUCGAUGAAGUUGACAACACGACUCACCGAACCAGCUCAGAUCGAGCGUCUCCGCAGACUGCUGCAACGAUACGGCUCCAACCUCGACGUCGAAACCCAACAACGAGCGGUCGAAUACGGCAACCUAUUCGGACAUGACGCUAUCAGGAGAGGCGUUCUUGAAAAGAUGCCGCCUCCUGAAAUUCGCGAGGAGCAGCGCGUGCUUGGCGAGGCUACUAAGAAGCGGCAAUCCAAGAUUAUCAACAAGAAGAAGCCUGCUCAAGCAGCGACAGAAGAUCUACUUCUCGAUCUCAUGGGCGACUCUGGCGUGCCUGACACAAACGGCGCAGCCAGUGGCUCUCAGCAAAACCAAGAUCUUCUGGCGGACAUCCUCGGUGGAGGCGGACCUUCCACAUCUUCGCCUCCUCCCCAGACAACGUCCCCUACACCACAGUCAAACGUCGCGAAUAUCAUGGAUCUGUUCAACAGCGGCCCAUCGAGUUCCCCAGCACCCACUCAAUCACGGCCACCCCCGCAAGCAGCGUCGACGGACCUCCUUGGCGGUCUGGGUGGCAUGUCAUCACCACCGCCUCAGACCUCAACACCUCCAGUGGCUUCUGGGCCACCUGCGCACCCAGUGUACAGCAAGAACGAUCUCGCAAUCACCUUCCAACUCAAGCGCGACGCCAAUGCGGUGCAACUGCUCGCUCGAUUCCGGAAUACAGGAGGCUCUGGGCAGCUGUCUGCCGUUAACCUGCAGGCCGCUGUGCCGAAAAGUCAGAAGCUGCAGCUGCAGCCGAUCAGUACCAGUGAACUAGAUGCGGGACAAGAUGCGACACAACAAAUGCGGGUCACAGCUGUCAAUGGGCCCCCACCGGCAAGGCUCAGGCUGAGACUCAAGCUUAGCUAUGCAGGCAGUGCAGGUUCGGUAUCAGAGCAGGUCGACUGGUCAGAGCCAACAUAGUCGUGUACACCGCGGAGGUGAACACGAUGAUGUUCGACAACAUAGACGAAUGGAACGAGUUCGAUGACCGACUGACGCCCCACAACAACACCUUGCAGAUGAUCUAACAAUGUGUAGCUCCAAGUGCGUGAGGGCCGCGGAGAUCAAUGCACGGCUAAACCCUCGGCGGUACACAGGUGCAGUAGAUCCCCCGCAUCCAAGGAUGCAUGUGGUCAGGCAC